AUGAGUUCUGAGCAGGUUUCCACAUUUGAAAUUUCCGACGUCACACCUCGCCUGGCCACGCUCAGCAGGGCUGAGUCACAGCGAAACUGCACCGUCAAGAUCCCUGACGAGGCAGAGGAAACGCAGCCCUCCUGCCUGCGCUUCCCCGAGCUGCUGCCCGCCAAGCUCAAGGAGCUCAGGAUCAAGUUUGAGGAAAUUAAGGAUUAUUUUCAAUCAAAAGAUGACGACCUCAGCAUCCAACUGCUCAGCUCCGACCUGCUGGAGGAAAUCAAGGGGAGCCUGGGCUGCCAGUCGGUGUCGGAGAUGAUGGAAUUCUACCUGGAGGAGGUUCUGCCCAGGGCCAUGAGGAGCAGCAGCCAGCACCAGCACAGCAUGGGCGACCUGGGCAACCUCCUGCUGAACCUCAGAGCCAUGAUGAGACGCUGUCACAAAUUCUUCACCUGUGAGGAGAGGAGCAGGAGCAUGGAGCACGUCAAGGAGGCCUACAGCAGGAUGAAGAAGAAUGGACUCUACAAGGCCAUGGGAGAGUUUGACAUCUUCAUCAACUACAUUGAAAGAUAUUUAACAAUGAAGAGAAGGAACUGA